AUGACUAAGCAAGUAGUGGAUAAUGUUGCAGGUAAAGCUUUUAUGGAUCUUUCAUUUCCUGAGGAAGUUGAUAUGCUUGAUAGUAUGACUAAGCAAAGCAGCGCUUGGCAUACCAGAGAGUCUGAGGGUGAUGACUUAGAGAAGAAGGAAGAAAAUAAAAAGGAACCGCUGGUCACUAAUCAUUCAAGACCACCAUCUUCUUUCCCUUACAGACUGAAGAAGAAGACUGAAGACACAAAAUUUAGAAAAUUCAUGGAAAUGCUCAAAAAGUUGAUGAUAAACUUGUCGUUGGUGGAGGCGUUAGAACAAAUGCCAGGAUAUGCAAAGUUUAUAACAGACCUUAUUACCAAAAAGCGGGCAAUUAGAUUUAAGGCAAAAGAUAACCUCCAUCAUUGCGGUGCUAUUACCAUAAGGUCUUUGGUGCAAAAGAAGACAGACUCAGGUGCAUUCACUAUUCCAUGUACGAUUGGGCCUCUUGAUCUUGCCAAGGCACUAUGCGAUAUUAGAGCAAGCAUUAAUCUAAUGCCCCUUAUUGUUUACAAGAAGUUAGGUUUGGGAAAUCCUACGUUCAGAAACAUGCGAUUAGUAAUGGCCGAUAGAUCUGUAAAAUGGCCUGUGGGAAUAUUGUAUGAAGUGCUGGUCAAAUUUGCAAAUUUCAUAUUUUCCGCAGGCUUUGUUAUACUAGAUUGUGAAGUAGAGUUGAGGUGCCCAUAA